AUGUCUUUAUAUCUCACUGCCAAAUCAAUUGCAAUUCGUCCUAAUCGCUGGAUGGGCACAUUGAACCCCCUCGUGCGCAACCUGCAAACAAGCGCUUCAUCAUCCAUGGCAUCUGCUGCUGAGCCUGCUGCUGCUACAGACAUCGCCAAGAAGGAACCCAAUUACAAGACAUUCGAGAUUUAUCGUUGGAAUCCUGACCAACCUACAGAGAAGCCAAUUCUCAAGAAAUACAAAGUCGACCUGAAUGCCUGUGGACCUAUGGUUUUGGAUGCUUUGAUCAAGAUCAAGAAUGAACAAGAUUCCACCUUGACCUUUCGUCGUUCAUGUCGUGAAGGCAUUUGCGGUUCAUGUGCGAUGAAUAUUGAAGGCGGAAACACAUUGGCUUGUAUCUCCAAGAUCAACAAGGAUGUCAGCAAGUCUGUCAAGAUUUAUCCUUUACCCCACAUGAACAUUGUCAAGGAUUUGGUACCCGAUUUGACCCAUUUUUACAAGCAAUACAAGAGCAUCGAGCCCUACUUGAAGCAAAAGACACCUCCUACAGACGGCAAAGAGAAUUUGCAGUCUAUUGAAGACAGAAAGAAGCUAGACGGAUUGUACGAGUGUAUUUUGUGUGCUUGUUGCUCUACUUCAUGUCCAUCUUACUGGUGGAAUCAAGAGGAAUAUCUCGGUCCUGCUGUUCUGAUGCAAUCCUACCGUUGGAUGAUUGAUUCUCGUGAUCAAUUUGGCCCUGAGCGUAGAGAGAAACUCCAGAAUAAGAUGGCACUGUACCGUUGUCAUACCAUCAUGAACUGCUCAAAGACAUGUCCAAAGGGUCUUCAACCAGGCGCUGCUAUUGCAAAGAUCAAGUUGAUAAUGGCCACCGAAUAG